AGAAGUGAAAGAGGAGCUGAGCUAUCAACAGGCGGCUUGACAAUUUGUGUCUCUCUGUGCCACAUACUCAAAGUGCGUGAAGAAUGGAGUUGACUUUACUUAUUUUUCAGUCAGGACUGCUCACUGUCUUGUGGAUGUACUUCAGCCAGCUGAUGAACUAAACAUGGCAAGUCUCCUAGCACAGAGCCAGAGGAGGUUGCCUGGAAAGGAUUAUCAGGACCAAAAAUGAAAAAACUUUCUAUCUGGUAGAGGAGAGACUGCUGCAAACAUGAAUCCAGAAUCCCUGGACUCGUCUAUCCAGAGCGCCUUGUCGGCCCUCUUCCCACCUUUCGAGGUCACAGCGCCAAUCGUCAUCAGCCAGCUGUUUCGAACCAUUGAUGAGCGUUACCAGGGCGAUGCUCUGCAGUGCCUGCUGGACUUCCUUAUUCCUUCCAAACACUUGCUGGAGAGUGUCCAACAGGCUGCGUGUGCUGGCUACUCCGAUGUGGUUUUCCGCUGUGAAGGCUGGCCUCUGUGUCUCCACGACAAAACCGUUAUCCACUUGGCAUCUGUGAACCCUUUGCUGUUGCGUCCCGGAGACUUCUAUCUCCAGGUGGAACCUUUCGGUGACCAAGCGGCACGAAUCGUCCUCAAAAGUCUUUUGGAGGAGGGAUGUAGAGAAAUCGAGGAGACCCCCAUCCCUGAGACGUCAUACCCCUGCAUUUUCACUGAGGAGUGGCUGCAGGACAUCAAUGAAGGUCGUCAAGGAACUCCUCUGUCGCGGUGUUUGCUUUCCACGGACCAGGGAGUCAUCAAGUUGCCGUGGACUAAAAUUGCCAUCCCCGAGUUUUUAGACAAGCCCAGGGUGAUGCCCACCUGUGAGAAGGCAACCCCUGAGUCCAAACAGAUUGCAGUUCCUUUCCCGUUUGACUCCUCCACCCUCCCAGUAGGGGCUGUGAUUCCUCCACUAGAAGAUAGGAUGUCAGCGUCUCUGAGACCUGCGUGCUCCCCUUCCAGACUUGUUAAAAAGGGACACGAAAGACUAACCCCAAAAUCCGGCUUCAAACCCUUAAUCAAACCUGUAGGUUGGGUUUCUCCUAACACCUGGGAGAGCCACAACUAUCAGGAGAUAGAGGGGGACUAUGUAGAUCUGGUGGAUAUAUCCAAAGGGAAGGAGUUUGUGGAUAAACACAGAGACAGCCAUGACAUUUCUCCUAAAUUAGUUUUGCUCCAGUCUGUUAGACCACCGUCACAUGUUUACCUCGGGAAUAGAGCUCCCUAUGGACACAGCCUUCAGCCCACUAAAGAGUCCUCCACACCAUGUAGCCAAAGAGAUCUGGGGCAGGAACUCACUGAUCAAGACUUUAAGUCCAGGUACAGAGACUCUUAUGUGGCAGCGCUGAGAAACCCACUUCCCUUUGAGAAGGGAAGUGUAGACCACCUGUCUGCUUUAGAGGAAGGGAGCGUGUUUGAGGAAGGGGACCCAAGACCAGGAGGUUCUUUUGAAGCUCAGAAAGACUACCUAGGAAACGUUUGUGACCGCUGUGAAGGCAGUGAACUCUGCCAGCAUGAGCCCUGCUGCGAGCAAACACCAGAGGACUCUGCGGGUCACCUUAGCAGCGCUUCGGAAUCAGAAAAACCCACGGAGGAAUCAUCCGUCAUCUUGAAUUCAACAUCAGUUCCGAGCCUCAGUCAGAGAGUUCCAACUAAACAUAUCUCCCACCAACUGGGACAUACUGCUUGUGUGCCUCCAGUGUCACACGUCUCUAUGGCAACCUGUGAUGGCGACUUGAAACCAAAUCAAAAGGCAGGUGUUGUUAAACCAUCGGGCAAGCAGAAAGUUAAAGCAAGGUCUCUGUCCACCGUGUCAGAAACACCGGUGGGGAGUCCCGUUCUCUAUAAACUCAACAACAGAAGCCACAGUGACAUUUGCCCCGAAACAAUCAAUGACCUAAUCCAGCGUAAAAAAAGCGUGCUGGUGGAUCGAGAAACCGGAAGGCUGGAGAGAGAGAAGUGCUCUAAAAAAGAUUCACAAUCAAGCCGCGGUGAAACCCUAUCUAAUACGAAUGCACCAUCUCCUUCAGAUGUCCAGCUGCCAGCAACAGUUCCUGACUCUGAAAAGGUCCCAACAACUAAAGACUCUGCUUUCAGGAGGGUCAGCAGUCUGCUGGAACUGGGGAUUUUUUAUUUACCAGGCAGCAGGGACAGGAAUGGCAGAGCAGUGAUGGAGUGCCACACAGACAGAAAGGAGUGGAUGUCCCCUCUUGUGUCAGCACAGAGUGUUUGUGAAUUGCUGCUUUAUUUACACUCCAUACCAAGGAAAGAUGUUCGAGAACUUGGAAUGACGUUGGUAAUUAAUGCCAGGAAGAAACCUCCUCCGCUCCAGCUGUACAAAGCCCUGUUGAUGACCCAGGAACAAGCUCUCCAUGCGGUCCACUGCAUCAUCAUUCUGAUGGAUAAAGAUAGUUGUCCAAGACCUGAAAAACAGCCUGGUCUGCAGAUGGACGUGGUGACCUCUAUGAGGGUCCUGAACAAGACGGUGGAAGCUUCCCAACUGACCUCUGAUCUCGGAGGGACCUUCACCUACGCUCACGCCGAUUGGCUGCAGUUCCAUCGGAAACUAGUAUCUUUCAAGCACGAGUUGCAAGGGUCCAACAGUUUGUUGCAAAAGGCCAUCGAGAAUAUGGACGUAAGGAAACCAACGGACAGUGCCCAGGAAGUGCAGCGAAGCAUUCAGGAGCAGAAGGUGUCCAUGAAAGAGGUACUGGAAGAUGCAAGACUGGUUACUCUGCAAAGGGAAGGAGGAACCUUACUGGCCAGGAUGAAGAAAGAGGAAUUCAGGUUUCAGCAGUCAGAGGACUACAGAGAUGCUUUGGAGGCAGCGACAAGUCUGUACAACCAAGUGGAGGAGAAGCUACAUACACUAGUGAUGAAAUCCAAUGAGUCACUGCAGCACCUGGAGUUCCUCCUCAGGAUCAGAGAAACAGAAGCGGAAAUCGUCACGGCCGGUAUGUGGUUCAGCACGGAGGGUGAGCAAAGACUGACGGACUCUCGCACAACAGAUGAUACACUACAGCACACUGAAACGGCCUUGCAGGACUUUAAUCUCUUUUUCCUGAAAUCUAAGGAGAAACAACAGCACGGCUUGACCCUCACAGCAGCAGCAGAGGGGAUUAUCAGCACCCGUAACUCUCGUCCUGGGACGGAUGCUUUGGGUAAACUUGUUAGCACUUUCAAAUCCAGCGUACAGGACUUCAUGCUACGUGCAGAACAGAGGCAGAAGGAGCUGGAAACGCUGGUGCACGUGUGCAGCUUCUGUGACCAGGUUGCUGCCCUGGCUAAAGAAUGUAGUCAGUUUUCCGAGCAGGUAGAGGAAGGGUCUUGGUCAGCUCACACCCUAAGCACACUCCAGAUGUAUAAAGAGAGAUUAGGUGGUGAAUUCUCCACCCACCACUUUGAGGCGCUGAGAGCUGAAGCCUGCGCUGUGGGAUCAGCGGGCCCUGGGAUCAUGAAAGUGUGGAAUGCAGCCUGGGUCCAAAGCCAAGAAGUCAGGCAGUGUCUUGAAGAGAUGCAGAAGAAGAAGAAGAAGAAAGGCGUAGAUAAGAGCCAGAUCCAGCAGACCGCAGCUGCAAACCCUCCUGGGGAACAUGGAGAAAUGGAGAGGGAGGGGAAGAGGAAUGAGCUGGGGGAAGCUGUGAGCGCUCUAACCCAGCAGCCUGUCUCCCUUACAGAGUCGGUCAGUCCUGCAGAAAUCACAGGAGAAAGCAGCAAAGGUGCAAGCUUUAAGGACAACUUUAAAGGAGGCAAUAGCCAAGGUUUAAAAGAGAUGGAAUCUCCUGAAAAAUUUGUCAAAAAUCCAACAAGGACUCCUCUUUCUGCACAAAUUUGUGACCACAACCCAGAAAACAAAUGGAGGCCAAGAGAACACUGCAGCGAGGCAGAUCUGAGGAAUGCAAGUUCCACAACAGAAGCCAAGGACUUUCCACCGCACCAAUCUCUGGGUCGGUCCCUGAGCGACAACUCGUGUGUGAAGAGCAGCGCAUGCGCCUCAGCUUUGAAUAUAAGUCACAAACACCACCACAGUUGGUCAUUGGGUCAAAAUCUGCAGCCCUUGCAAAAUCUCCUCGUUCCCCAGAACGAGCGCACGUGUCAACAAAACACAAGCAGCCAACCAGACAGAGGCUGUAAUAAAGGUGAAUGUGAUGGACGUGCACUCUCUGCCCAGAAUCCUGAAGAUUCAAAGACCCAACAGACAUUAAUCACCGCAACAGAAAGCAACGGCAGUAGUGAUUUGAAGGUACAGAAGAUCUUGGAGGAAUUACUGUCAACAGAGAGGGAAUACGUCAAAGCGCUGGGUUACGUCCGAGAGCACUACUUCCCCGAGCUGGAGAGGGCCGACGUCCCCCAGGACCUCAGGGGCCAGAGGGGGAGCAUCUUCGGCAACUUAGAAAAGCUUCACGAUUUCCACUGUCACCAUUUCAUGGAUGAGUUGGAGAGCUGCGUCAGCGAACCCUUCAGAGUGGGGCGCUGCUUUUUACGUCACAGGGAGAGUUUUGCUCUGUAUGCUCUUUACAGCAAGAAUAAACCACAAUCUGACAGUCUUCUCAUCAACCAUGGACAGGUUUUCUUCAAGCAGAAGCAGCUGAAGCUCGGGGACAAAAUGGACUUGUGGUCAUACCUGCUGAAGCCCGUGCAGCGCAUUAGCAAGUACAGCUUGCUCCUGCAGGACAUGAUGAGCGAGUGCGGACAGGGACAAAGCAGAGAGAUUGCUGAGAUCAGGGCAGCCUUGGAGGUCGUCCAGUUUCAGCUUCGCCAUGGUAACAACCUGCUGGCCAUGGACGCCAUCCAACACUGUGAUGUUAAUUUGAAGGAGCAGGGGCAGCUGAUACGCCAGGAUGAGUUUUUGGUGACCUAUAGGAAGAAAAAAUGCUUCCGUCACAUCUUCCUCUUUCAAGAACUCAUUCUCUUCAGUAAGACCAGAAAGACCGAUGUAGGGAAUGACACAUACAUCUACAAACAGUCCUUCAAGACGUCUGACAUAGGCAUGACCCAAAACAGCGGGGACAGUGGCUUGUGUUUUGAGAUCUGGUUUAGAAAGAGGAAAAGCCAGGAUACAUACACACUUCAAGCUGCUGGCCGCACGGCCAAGGAGGCGUGGACCAAGGACCUGGAGCGGAUCCUGUGGGAGCAGGCCAUCCACAACAGAGAGGUGCGUAUGCAGGAGAGAGUGUUCUUGGGAAUCGGUAACAAACCUUUCAUCGACAUCCAGCCCAGUGACGCAGCUAUCAAUGACAGAGCCAUCGACUAUGCGCUGAUGGGAAGAGAAAACAAGGUGCUGUCUUCUGUGAGACCAUGUGGGGUGCAGGGUGAGCUUCAAGGGAAGCGGCCAAACUCUCUAGGUUCAGGCAGCAGCUCAUCGUCCUCCUCUUCCUCGGGACGAGGUUCUCUGUCCCCUGUAGGGUACGUUUGUGGGCCCAAACGAAAGGUUGUUUCAGGGGGCCUUGGAGGAUACGUAUCACCCCCUGGAGCUCUGGAGGAAGACGAUCUGGACCAGGAGAGCGGGAGUCAGAACUUACUGUUGGAUAGCUCGGAGUCUUCAGGGGACAGCGUAAGCGGCUUCAGUAGUUCGAGUCACAGCUUCCGGUCUGCUGUGGGAGGAGAGGUGGAGGACAGUUCGUCAGUCUGCCCUUCCAUAAUCACUGUGAAGGAUCCAGUCGCUUCUCCUCUAACUGAAGUCUCACCAGAGACCCAAACAGCAAAUGCUCUGGCAGGAUCUGCAGGGAAAAUCAAACCGCCAGUUGCACCCAAACCCAGGCACAGGCCACAGUGCCAGGACGGGGUUCUGGCAAGCGGCAAGGUUCAGAGUGCUGCUGUUGGAAAGUCCACUGAAGUUUGAUCCUUAUCGCAUAUAAGACCUGCGUGAAGCCCAUGAGAAGCGGAGGCCGGACUGCAUCAGCGCUGCAGAUGGCACCAUGUGCUGUUUCUGCAAUCCCUAACCCGUCACCACUUAAUAGACAAGAUAUUUGUUUAUAAUUCCUCUGUAUCACAAACAUAACCAUGGAUCAAUGUGAUUCUGAAAUGCAGAAAUGAUAUUUUAUUUACUGCUGUGCACUGUAAUGUUUAGUUUUAUUGCUCAAACAAAACAUUCUUUGGGUCAGUUGUAGCCACAAUGUCACAUUAAAUAAUAAUAAGCAAUAUAAUAAUGUCUUUGUUAUACUUCAAUAUUGUCCUUUGUACAAAGUUAAAUGCUUAACGUCACUUAAUUGCAGCAUAUGUGUUCUUUUGAAAAUAAAAUACAUUCAAAGUACUAAUUAUCUUCUCUUAAUAAAAAACUUGUAUAAACUAUGAUACUUGUAUGAAUAUUGAUCCUUUUGAGAGCUGCAUUGUUUCUUAUUGAAACAGAAGACAUGAAGUUAUUUGAUGUUUUUUUUUUAUAAAUGUGUAUUUCCAUUUCCAUAGUUUUUACAAUAAACAAAAAAAACUGCUGUU